AGGAUUCAGAGUUAUAUCCACAACAUAAAAGUUUACCUCUUCAUUUGUUACAAUCAGGUGAAAAUGAGUUCAGAUUCGAUUCUUUUGUUGGAGACUGUUAACUUUGCGGCAGAUAAACAUCGUAAUCAACGCCGAAAAGAUCCAGAGGCAACACCUUAUAUAAAUCACCCAAUAGGAGUGGCAAGAAUUCUAAGUCAUGAAGGUGGAAUCACAGAUAUUGAAGUUCUUCAAGCAGCGUUGCUACAUGACACUAUAGAGGACACAGAGACCAGCAUAGCAGAGCUUGAGGCAGUGUUUGGGCAGACUGUGGCAAGGAUUGUCCAGGAAGUGACCGAUAACAAGACCUUGUCGAAGCAGGAGAGAAAGCGUCAGCAGGUGGAGCAUGCGCCCCACUCUAGCCAACAGGCCAAACUGGUCAAACUGGCUGACAAACUAUACAACCUGAGAGACCUAAACCGCUGUACUCCCACAGGCUGGACAGCAGAGCGGAUUCAGGAGUACUUUGUGUGGGCAGCCGAGGUGGUGAGAGGACUGAAGGGCACCAACCCAACUCUGGAAGGGAAGCUGGAGGAGCUCUUCAAGAAGAGGGGUGUUGGGCUCUGAAAUGCUCUUAGGAAAGGGGGGUGUUGUGGAGAAACACAAAUGCAAUCAGUUUUGUGGUAUAGCUUAAUUUUUUUGUGUUGUUUUCAAUUUAAAGGAUUAACUCUCCGCAGGACAUCAAUUUCUAUCUUGAGCAUGUUUUAGGUUGUAUUAUUACAAUACUUCAUAGGAAUGUAUCUGAAAAGAAAGGGUUUGUGAUGCACAAUUAGCUCAAUGAUGCAAUGUUUCAGAGAAAUAAAGAAAAUAACGGAAUGAUGUUCACAGUGCUGCUAUUUACACACAAUAACAAAUAAAGG